AUGGACCUGAGCCUGAGAGAUGCUCUGGGUGGAGUGGGUGGCGGUGGUGGGGUCCCUGGAGGGGCCCCUGGUGAGAGCCUUCUGAAGAGAGACUUCAUGGCCUCGCUGGAGAAAGAUAGUUACGAUGACAAGGUGGGAGAAAGAGUGGCCAAAAGCGACUAUCGCCCCUUGGUGGAUGGGAAGGACACAAAGAGCGGUCUGGGGUCGAUGUCAUCCAUGAUGUCAGUGGGGGGCCGUCAGGACCCACCAGGACAGCCGCCAUUCAGCUCUGACUACCUGUCUGGAUACUCCCAGUCUGCUAUGGGGGGUGCCAAUCUAGGCAUGGGAGGAGGUAUGGGCAUGGGGUCCGGCUUACCACCCUUCCAGUCUAGUAUGAGCUCCGGCCUGGGCCAAUCUGGCAUGAGUUCUGCAAUGGAUGCCCAGAAGAACUCUGGCUUAUUUGGUUUGGAGCCCAAAACCACAAGUAACACCAGUGGUAGCUCUCCACUGAAAUCCAGUAACCCGUUUUCUUCUGGCGGCUCUGGAGUCCACUCUAUGGAUCAUCCUACAGCUCCCGCCCUCUCUCCCAGUGGUUCAAUGGAUGACAGCAGCCCCACCUCCUCCACUUCAGAACCCCUCAGCCCUGAGAAACAGGGGCCAGGGGGCGAGCCUGCCAAGCAGAGGAGGAGGAAGAAGAAGAAGAGGGGCCGUGAUGAGGUGUACAACUUCUUGGAUAGGCAGGAGGUGGAGAAUAACGUGAGCCAAUCAGACGGCUGUGGAAUGAUAAGCCCCACGUCUUCCCACGACAGAGCAGGAGGGCAGGAGGAAGAGGAGGAGGAAGAGAGCUGGGAAUGGGAGAUUAGAGGGAGAGGAGGAGGGGGUAGAGUAAAGGGGAAGAAGAAUAAAAGUCGGAUGAGACUUCCAGAGGAGUGGGGAGCGCCCCAGCAGUCAGUCUCUCCCACACCGGCUACAGUUGCUUCUAACUUGGCUGCAGCCACUGACUCCAAAGUGCUUGAAAUUGACUUGCAACCCAGUGCUAACCCUGCACUGUCCUCUACCCAUUCACCAGCACCCACAAACUUGACCAAUGCCGCUCAUUCUACCUACACCAUGGAGUCAUCAUCACGCUCUUAUGAGCCCAUGUGUGUUGAUGAUUUUUCUGUGUCGGCGGCUAAAGAUAUUGAAAUGACAAAUGACGCUAAAGAGUGUUUAGUCCCCUCUGAAGCUGUUGUUAGCUCAGCGGCUAAUGUAGGUGCCAAGACUAGCUUACCUGCGGAUGUUAGCAGUAGCUUAGCAUUAAUGUCAGGGGACAACCUAAGCCCAGUAUCACAGACCUUUUCUUUCCUGGAUUCAGUCCUCCAGACCCCCCCGGCCUCCACACCCGGCUCCCAGACCACCACUCCCAUCACCACCACUCCUUCCCUGGCUACAGCGCCCCCUACAAAGACUACCCCAUCUGAAAUUACCCCUCUCAGUUCCCAAACCUCUUUUGCCCUCAACCCCACCUCACCACCCUCCAAGAGCCCCUCAGAUCUUACUCCUACAACCAGCACCUCCCUUUUCACCACUGCAGACACACAUAUUUCUGAAACUGCAGUCAGCUCGAGCCUCAACCCUGAAGCCCGGCCUUUUGUCCCGUCAGGUGCACACAUCUCCUCAGCUACUCCUAGUAAAAGUGAAGCCACUUCCCCAGCUCCAUCAGUCACUCCUGCUUUUGAUGCAGCCAUACCUGUUAAAUCAACAGUCACUCCCCCUCCCUCCAUCACCCCUGCAGCCCCUUCCUCUCCCCCUGCACACUCAGAGCACCAGGAGUCCUCGCUGCCACCGCUCCCUCUGCUGGAAGUGAAAUCUGACAAUAAGGACAAGAUUGACAAUAUGUCCAACAAGACCGAGAAGACUGACACCUCACACAAGAAAGAGAAAGAAAAAGAGAAAGAGGAGCAGCAGAAGAAAGCUGACAACAGCCAAGACAAGACCCAGAAGUCUGAGAAGAUACUAAAAGAUGAGGAGAAGACGGAGAAGUCGAACGAGGAGAAAAACAACAAGGCCAACGAGAAAAUGGAGAAAGUGGAUAAACCCGAGAAGGUCGAUAAAGACGAGAGGAAGGACGAAGAGAAAAAAAUGAGUGAGAAGAUGGGAGAAAAGGAGAAGGGAGGGAAAGGGACGGCCAAGUCACCGACGACCAGCAGCAGCAAAGAUCUGGCCAGCCCUGACAGCAAGAACAAGCCUGAUGUGGGGUCAACCAAAUCAAACUCAGCCAAAUCCCGCCCAUCCACCCUCUCCACCAAUGGCGAGGCCAGCUCUGCCAAACGCCCCUCUCCCACCACAACCUCAGCCAAUAAAAAAAGCCCUGUAACCAAGGCUACCACUCCCACCACCGCUAAGCAGUCGCCAGCGGCAACUGGUCCAGCCAAGGCUGCCAAGACCCCUGAGAAUGGUACAACCGAGAAGCGCCCAACUGUACCAAAGGCCACUCCUACCCCUCGUGCAGCCACCAAUAAGAAUGGCUCCUCAGCUAAUGCUGCAAGCAAAACUGCUGCUACCAAGACUGACAAGGCUGAAAAUAAGACAGGAGAAACCCAGAAGAAACCCACCACCCGUCCUCGCCCACGUCCAGCAUCCACCACUACCCCCACUCCCCAAGGUGCCACUACUAAUGGUGAUACACCCGCUGCUCACCGCCGCCGUACCAUCACCAAACCCCCUGUGCCGAAGCAGACCCCCAUGGAAAAGAAGCCGUCAGUGCCCCGUGCUCCACGGAACGCCCGGCCCAUCAAUGCCCCGACACCAGACCUGAAAAAUGUCCGCUCUAAGAUUGGAUCCACUGACAACAUCAAGUAUCAGCCUGGUGGAGGAAAGGUCUCCUCCACCCAGAACAACAAGGCUUCAGACCCCUCCAACCCCACCGCCAAGGCAAGAGUGCAGAUAGUGCACAAAAAGUUGGACUUCAGCCACGUCACGUCUCGCUGUGGCUCCAAGGACAAUAUCAAACAUGUCCCUGGGGGGGGAAACGUGCAGAUCCUUAAUAAAAAGGUUGAUCUGAGCAAGGUGACGUCCAAAUGUGGUUCCAAGGACAACAUCAAACACAAGCCAGGUGGUGGUGACGUGAAGAUUGAAUCCCAUAAAAUAAACAUCAAGGCCAAGUCUAAGAUCGGAUCCAUGGACAAUGUGGGACAGGAGACAGGCAGUGGACAUGCCAAUGGACAUAAGGAGGACAAGGCAGAGGAAAAGACACGGUCGCCCCCAAGUGAGACUCCAACACCAGGCAAGGCUGCAGCACCAGCGAGUGUUGCCAAAGAAAAUGGGGUUAAGGAGCCCACACCUACUCCUUUUGGAGGUGAUGGACUGAGGGAGCCCCUCAGCUUGGAGAAACGCAUCCCUGAGACAAAUUGAUUCCCAGUGAUGUGUUAAGUUUGGCAGGAAAUGCAGUGCACUCGCCCACCUGCCUGUCAAUCAACCGACCACGACACAGUCAUCUCCCUCUGGCCCCGCCCCUCACCUCGCCCACAGGAGCACCAGACUGACUAGUCACUUCUCAGAGUUCCUCUGGGCUCCACCUGUGAGCUUACUGCUGAAUAUCCUGACCUUCUGACCUUGUGACUACCUUUGACCUUGCCUGCCACAGAGCUGAGCACUUCCUGUUUAUCUGUGUUUGUCUGGGGGUUACCCCAGUUUUUACGCUGGCAUAA